GAAAUUGUUGGUACGCCACAAUCAAUGAAUUUACUAUCAAAGUUUGUUGAUCAAUUCAAAGAAGGAUCUGCUAAUUCUGUAUCCACAAGCCAUCCCAGUCCAUCAAUAGAGUGUGAAGAGAGAGCACCUGCAGCAUCAACAGAAGAUGUGCAGAUCAUUGAUGUGCAUUUAACAUCUGAAAAAACCAAGAAGAGGAAAAUAAAACCUGAAGAUGUGACAAGAAUGCAAUAUGAGGUGCUGGUUGAACAAAAGAAAAAAUUAAUUCAGCAAACACUAUAUUAUGAACUAAUGAAUAAGAAGCUUAAAAUACAUCUAGACAUUGAAGAUUGAUUUAAUUAUUUGAUUAUUGUGAUUACAUAUACCGACUUUGGUUUUAAGAAAAUAUUUGUUUGUUAUCUUAACAUAAUUUUCACACUGGUUAGAUGCAUAAUAUUGUUUUAACCAUUAGUUUCAGUAUAUUUUUUUAGCAUACAUGGCCUGAAUAUCAAUUUAAAAGAUGUAGAUUUAGUAUUCAUGACUGCUUAUGGGACAGCCCGUCAUCCAAGACACAAUGAAGUUGAAUUAAGGUGGCUCAGGACUUUUCGACUGUGCAUAAUUUCACGCAUGAAUUACAAAAGUAUUUGUUGUAAAUUCAAUAUGAUUUUUUUGAAUAUUUUGAUUGAUUAGAAAUGUUGAAUCA